UGGGCAUGCAGCUGCCGCCACAGGGAAACUGAGGCAGGCACUGCAGGGAGGGGCAGGGCUGGGAAAGGAGCUGUGCCCUGCCUCGGCCAGAGGCCACUGGGGAAGAGGGAGCUGCUGGCGACAGGGAUGCCUAAGCUGGGGCUCAGCGAGCAUAAUCUCUCCAGUCUCAGCCUUGGCAAUAACCCCAGCCCCUUUCUGUAGUGCCUGACCCCACCAUCCAGGAGAAAUGGCCACAGAGAAGUCAGUGACUCCUACUGAGGAGCAGCUAGAGAUCCUGGAGUACAAUUUUUGCAAGGUGAACAAGCAUCCUGAUCCCACCACGCUGUGCCUCAUUGCAGCAGAGACCGGGCUUUCUGAAGAGCAGACCCUGAAAUGGUUCAAGCAGCGCCUGGCAGAAUGGAGGAAGUCUGAAGGGCUGCCCUCAGAAUGUGGGUCUGUCAGGGACUAGAGGAUGCUGCUCCUGGCCCCAUCCAUGCUGUAAACAAUGGUGAAGAUCUUCAAAGUGGGUUUACUUGGGGUUCUCCUGUCACAAAAGGUUUCAAGAUACAAAGCAAUACCCUGAUAUUUAACAUAAUUUUUAUUUAUAGAAGAUUAUAUAUAUAUAAUAUGUAUGUAUAUGUGUAUACAGCUUCUGAUGGCUGCGUAACUCGUCUAGCAGUUCCCAUUAAUAGCAGCUGCACAGGCCAGGAAAUCUCAUGCCCUUGUCCUGGACUCAUGGAAAAGCUGCCAUGAAACGUUCAAGCACAGGGGGGAAGAAUAGAGAUUUCUUUUCCCUAUUAUCCCAAGAGGCAAAGCAUGCAUGCUAGCUUUAGUAUAUAGAGCAUCCAGAGAGGAGGGCAAUUGGAAAACUUGAUGUCUUGUUCUUGUGGUGUCUUGGUUAAUUUAAGGUGCCCAUGCCAGCUCUGGAUGUUGACAAGAUAAAAGCCUACAUCAUUAACAGACUGAGCCAAGAUCCCUUGAAUGUAUGUCUCACAUUUCUGUUAAAGAUAACCGAAGGGAGAGAACUGGUCUUUUCUUUGUCCAAAGUGUGAAUAAAAACCAAAGAUUUUUGGUGAGA